CAAAUCAUUGCUCUUCAAAUUUCAAGAUACCAAUAACCAAUCUCUCCUUUGAUUUUUCUUUAUUCAUAUUUUUGUGAAUACCAAUUACAAUCACAAAAAUUAGUGAUUGAAAAAAAAAACUUGGUUAAUAAAGGGCGUUGAAUUUGAAUCUAUUACACCAAUUUGUAACAUGAGUUUUAGUCGAAAUUCGACACUGAGAAAUGGAGAUUCCUUGGAAGGAAUGUUGAAUGACUAUGUUGUUGGAAAAACCAAAAUGAAACCUCAAAAAAAUGGUUCCACAAAAUUUGUUGCAGCACUAACAUGUCUACAAUUUUUCUUUGCAGUAUAUGCAACAUUUUUAUUGUAUUAUAUGGGACCAUCAAUUGAUUUAAGAACAAAACCAGAUUUCACAAGAAUAGCACAACAUUGGAAACAACUCAUGAUCACACCACACACUGUAGGACAUUACCAAGAAUCUGCUUCUUCACUCAUUCAAGAAGAAAAUAAUCAAUUUCAACCCACAAUUCCUUCCCUUGUUUGUGAGAAUGAGAAAAUAGAUUUCUUGCAGAAGAAGUCAAAUGAUUCUCAAAUGAUAAAGAUAAAAAGAAACCUUUAUGAAGAGAUCAUGGAUUUCCAAAGUAAAAACAUUGGAACUGAGACACUUGAAGAGCUUAUGAAAAUGAAAUCCAAAUGGGAUAUAAAAGUUCCAAAUCAUAAAAAACCAAAAAUCACUGUUUUGUUGAACCACUUCAAGAGAAAAACACUUUGUUCUCAACUUGAUUCUUUGCUUCAACAAACACUUCCUUUUCAUCAUGUUUGGGUGCUUUCGUUCGGGAGUCCCAACGAGGCUUCGCUUAAGAAAAUCGUGGAAAGCUAUAACGAUACAAGAAUCAGUUUCAUAAGCUCAAGUUAUGAUUUUAAGUACUAUGGAAGGUUUCAAAUGGCUUUGCAAACAGAAGCUGAUUUGGUUUACAUUGUUGAUGAUGAUAUGAUACCUGGAAGGAAAAUGUUGGAGAUUUUGGCACAUGUUGCUGGGACUGAUAAGUAUAAGAACUCUGUUUUGGGAAGUAUUGGGAGGAUUUUGCCUUUUAGACAGAAGGAUUUUACUUUUCCAAGUUAUAGAAAGUUUAAGUCUAAAGAAGCUGGUUUGUAUUUGCCUGAUCCUGCUUAUGAUAUCACUAUUGAUAAAAUUGUGCAGGUUGAUUUUCUUUCAAGUUCUUGGUUUUUAUCUGCUGAGCUUGUUAAAACACUCUUCAUUGAGACACCUUUUACCUUCUCUACUGGUGAAGAUCUACACCUCAGCUAUCAGCUUCAAAAGUAUAGAAAUGCAGGGUCAUUUGUUCUACCAGUAGAUCCAAAAGACAAAGAAACAUGGGGUGAUAGUGAACACAGACUAGCAUAUGUAUCAGAAACCACAGUAAUAUUCAAGGACGUAGUUCAAGUAAGAGAUGAUCAAUGGUGGAAAGCACUUUCAUCAGGUUACAUAACACAAUGGGCAGCAAUGAACCCUCAAAAGAUUGAUGCACUUUUCUAUGCUCACACAGUUGAUGAAGUGAAAGCACUUUCACCCCUCCUUGAAAAAUUCAGGACAACAGUUGGCAAAAAGGCCUACAUAGUUGUCUCUGGAGGUACCUUCUGUCCUUGUGAACAUGCUGCUAAGGCACUCAAAUGGCCUUUCUUGGUGUGCAAGGAACGUAGAUUUAAGAUAUUUGAUUUGGACAUUGGUGCAAUUUCUUCUGAGGUGUCAAACUCUGAGGCACCUGUUAUACAAGCUGUGUAUUCUAGCUUGAAGGGUUUGAUUAAGAUUCAUAAUCCAAGUGUGGUUAUUGCUGUGGAUGAUAUUGAUGAUAAUGUUAGAAAGGCUUUGAAGAUGGCUUCAGAAACUAAUUCAAAUGGUACUGCAUUGGUUCUUUUGCCUAAGCCUUCUGUUUCUAAAGUUCUUUGGAUGGCUGAUUUGAGAUCAACAGCAUUGCCAAAUUGGAACAAAAUGAGGCUUACAAUCAGUAUCAUCACACAAAACAGGGUCAACUCACUAUCAAGGCUACUGAAAUCUCUCUCCAAUGCAUACUAUCUUGGAGAUGAAGUUCCAAUUACCUUCAACAUGGACAGUAAGGUAGAUGAAUCAACUAUAAAACUAGUAGGUUCAUUUAAUUGGCCACAUGGACCAAAAACACUAAGAAGAAGAAUCAUACAAGGUGGUCUAAUAAGAGCAGUAAGUGAAAGUUGGUAUCCAUCUUCAGAUAAUGACUUUGGUUUACUCCUUGAAGAUGACAUUGAAGUCUCACCUUAUUACUAUCUAUGGAUCAAAUAUGCACUCAUGUCAUAUCACUAUGACCCUCAAGUCUCUCUCCCUGAACUCUCUUCCAUCUCCCUCUACACACCAAGAAUUGUUGAAGUUGUCAAAGAAAGACCAAAAUGGAAUGCAACACAAUUCUUCAAACAAAUCCAUCCAAACACACCUUACCUUCAUCAAUUACCAUGUAGUUGGGGAGCAGUGUUCUUCCCUAAACAUUGGAGAGAAUUCUAUGUUUACAUGAACAUGAGAUUCACUGAGAAUGCUAAGGAAAACCCAGUUCAAAUUCCAAAGUCUAGAACAAAUGGUUGGCAAGCUUCAUGGAAAAAGUUUCUUAUAGACAUGAUGUAUUUAAGAGGGUAUGUUAGUCUUUAUCCAAAUUUUCCACAACAAGCUAGCUUUUCAACUAAUCAUAUGGAACCAGGUGCACAUAUAAGUGCAAAAGAUAAUGUUGUUAAGCAUAAUAAACAGGAUUUUGAAGUUCCAUUAUUGAAAGAUGAUUUUAGAAACUUUUUGCCUGGAAUGAAAAUGCCAUCAGCUUCAAAGCUACCAUCUUUGAAUCUCUUUAAUCAACCUGUUUCUCUUAAAGGUCUUAAAUCUGCUGGUGCUAAAUUGGGACAAGAUGUGCUUAGAUGUAACAAUGUUACUGAGAUUGUUGCUGUUGAUCAUCAUACUGGUCUACCACACCACUGCUCAAAGUUCUGAAAAUCUUGCAUUACACCCUCGUGGGUUUUAUUAAUCAAUUAUUUAAUUAUUCUUUUAUGUUUUUCUUUAUAUUUGUUCAUCUUUCAUUGUAGUUAAGGAAUUGUUUAUGUUUUAUUUAUGAAGAGCAAUUUUGCUAUCAAGGAAAUAACCAUAAUGAGGUAACUCAAUAUGCUUCCAAUAAAGACAAGAUAAAGAGGUCUUUGUCCAAAAUGCAAUUGUAAUUAAUUGUUGAUUGUAUUGUUAUGCUAAAAAAAUUAUGCAUAAGUAAAAUUACUUAAAAAUUAGUGUUCUCUUGAUUAUUUGUUAAAAGGAUCAAGCAUCUAAUUAAGGCUA